GCGAGUCGCAGUUGAACGCGGUGUUGUGCGGCACGGAGAGAAAGUGUUUCAGGUGCGGAGGAGAGCAGCGCCAGGAGCCAAGAGUCAGACUGUCAGAGACUAUAUAUAAGACGAGCCGGCUCUUCCACUCAAAACUCAGUGUCGCGAGGAAGAUCUAAAGAGACAAGAUGUGGUUAAGGUACAUGGCAUUGGUGUGCCUAACGGCUCACGCUCUUGCGACCCAAGUGUAUUCGUCCCCCUCUGGGAACCAACAAAAACAGUAUUCUUGGCAAGCUCCGGAUCUUGCUGCAUCUGCAAGCGACCCAAAUGGAGCCUUCCACCCCCUAACUUUUGAUUCCACUAAACAACAAGCUCAACCACUUGACCCUUCAGCGGCCGAAACGGUGAUAGAUGAUAUUCUUGUUUCUAACCGUCAGGGCCGUAAUCUCGAGGGUUACGAUGAAAUUUAUGCCGAUCCUGAAGUAAAAAAUGCUUUACAGAUUGGAAAUGACACCCUUGCACGAUCGUACAUUCGUGACAAGUUGUGCUCUCUGGGUUUGAUGAACUGUGAUGGCACCGAAGAGAGACGCCCGUACUACUCGCCACACCGUGACAUCCAUCCGCAAGAGGUCAUCUACGCCCAACCCGUUACCAUCAAACCGGUCGGCCGUCCACUGCCGGCUAUUCCGGUCAAGCGGCCUGGUGGCUUCGGAGGACUUGGAGGUCCCCAUAAACCUGGUUUUGGAUCCGGCCCGAUCUACGCCGGACACGGAGGACCACCCCCAUCCUUCUCAGGUCCUGGUGGCCCACCAUUCUCAGGACCCGGCGGCCCAUCUUUCAUCGGUGGCCCACCACCCAGCUUCUCUGGACCCUACCCCGCUUACAAGAAACCCGGCGUCAUCCACGGCUCCAAGCCAGUGUACGAGUCCGGAUUCGAGGGUGAAAUCGACUACGAAGACAAGUUCAUCGACAAGAAGCAAGUAGUGGUUCAGGGAUCUGGCAUCCAACAACACGUUCACCAUCACUAUCAUCACGGUGAGGGAGGCGCUGGUGGUUCAGGAGUUGCUCCCAUCAUUGGACCAGGACCCAUCGGUAGCAAUGGCUUCAACAACUACGGCUACGGGAACGGCGGUGGCAACGACUUUGAAGAAUACAAAAAGAACUUCAAAGUGAAAAGUCCAUCGUCUGGCAACAGUCUCGUAGGUGCUGCGUCCAACAACAACUACGCCAACAACUUUGGAUCGUACGAGAAGCCCAAGACUGGAAAGGGUUUCUCUCAACCUGGCAAACAGUUUGGUUCUUCCGGUCUGGGAGCGCACACUUUCGGCGGCAACAAUAUCAACAACAACAACUACGGAGGUAACGGCGGUUUUGGAUCUAGCAAUGGAUUUGGAUCCAACAAUGGAUUUGGCUCAAACGGGUUCGAUAAUAACGGACAUUCAGGAUCAAGCUACGACGACUGCGUCUGCGUUCCUUACGAUCAGUGCGCGACCCUGGAUCACGCUGGCCGCAAAGACGAUCUGUUCUUGGCAAUUGACCCGCGUAACGUCAACAAGAACAUCGAGGCUGACACCGAAGAAGUUGUGGUUACCGACAGUAAUGGUACCAUGAGCGUAGUACGCGUACCAAAGGGUGUCAACGAAACUGAAGCGUUGCAGCAAAAGAAAGACGAAGACAGCAAAGCAUCCGAAUCAUCGAGUACCAAAGAAAACAAGGAAGAAAAAACCGAAGAGAAGAGAACUAAGAGAGACGUCAGUAAAACCGCCAACGAUAAAGAGCCAAAGGCUGAAGCUCAAAGCCGCCUCCUCGGUGACCACGUCGACACUUCGAAGCUCAACGUUAAGCCAACUUUCGGCGUCAGCUUCGGUCUGCCUCAGGGUGGAGGAGGCUCCUAUCCCAUCAAUCCGUACGGAGGCGAUUCCUUCGUCAAUCCCUAUCCUGGCUACGGCGCCGGUAAUCAAGGACUUAAUCUCGGUCUCGUAUCCGUCAAUCCUCUCGUUGCUCUUCAGGUCACAAAAGACGACUACGGAGAUAAGGUGAUAAAGCCUUUCGUCAAUCUCCACGUGACGCCUAACCAAGGACUCGUUAAUAAGCUCGGCCACGCUUUGGCUCACAAAAAGGAAGCGUUGUUCGGAGGCCACAAUUACGCGCCGCACUACUAUCCAGCUGGUCCACCGGUCUCGCACUAUCCCGGUCCUCCGGCUUCGCAUUAUCCCGGUCCGCACUAUCCGAGCUACGGCCCACCUGGACCGAUUCACUUCGAGAAGCCUCACUAUCAUAACCAUCAGCAUCAGCAUCAUCAUCACCAGAAUCAGCACCACUACAAACCGCAUCAUUACGAAACCUAUCCCGGAUAUUACAAUAGAGAGGGCUCAGAUUACGACGAGGAUUACGAUUACUCCAAUUUCGGAGAUUACGAUAAUUACUACAGAAACGCACGGCCCAACGCAACUUCGAAUGACGCCCCGAAACGUCUUCAGAAUAGCUUUACUAAUCAGAGAAAUCCGAGCGAACAAUCGUCUUCGAAAGUCAACUUUCCCUCUAGAAGAAAGCGCGAUGUGCAGGAGGUAAGAUUUUAAGGUCCAAAAACAGCACAGAGAUCACAGUUCGGCCGACCACCAGUCUGCGGGCCCCAACACGUCUGCUGUCGUCGCAACCAGCUCUACCCCGGCUCCCAGCACAACCGUCCCCGUCACGGCCAGUGCGGCGUGAGGUACAGCCAAGGCAUCGCCGGGCGCAUCAAGACCCCGAGCUACGUCGACGGAGACUCCGAGUUCGGCGAGUACCCCUGGCAGGUGGCCAUCCUUAAGAAGGAGCCCGGCGAGAAGGAGAGCGUCUACGUCUGCGGCGGCACCCUCAUCUCCCCGCGUCACAUCAUCACCGCGGCUCACUGCAUCAAGACACACUCCGGCCGCGACCUCCGCGCCAGACUCGGCGAGUGGGACGUCAACCACGACGUCGAGUUCUUCCCGUACAUCGAGCGCGACAUCGUCAGCGUGAUCGUCCACCCCGAGUUCUACGCCGGCACGCUCUACAACGACGUCGCCAUCCUCAAGCUCGACUACGAGGUCGACUUCGAGAAGAACCCGCACAUCGCGCCCGCUUGCCUGCCCGACAAGUUCGACGACUUCGUCAACACUAGAUGCUGGACGACCGGUUGGGGCAAGGACGCCUUCGGCGACUUCGGCAAGUACCAGAACAUCCUGAAGGAGGUCGACGUGCCCGUGAUCAGCAACAACGUCUGCGAGCACCAGAUGCGCCGCACGCGGCUCGGGCCGAGUUUCAACCUGCACCCAGGCUUCGUCUGCGCCGGUGGCGAGGAGGGCAAGGACGCGUGCAAGGGCGACGGUGGCGGCCCCAUGGUCUGCGAGCGCCACGGGAAGUGGCAACUCGCUGGAGUCGUCUCCUGGGGAAUCGGCUGCGGACAGGCUGGCGUUCCCGGCGUCUACUCCCGAGUCUCCUACUACCUUGACUGGAUCCGUCAGAUCAUCGCUCACUAAGAGAUCUCGAGCAAGCUUUUCGCGGUAAAGUGCGAUUUCGCGUUUAUUUAUUAUACGUUAUAUCUUUGCAUUUAUAUUCGUAUUUUAUAUAUAUAUAUCUGCUGUUUUUAUUUUUUACUGCAUCUGAAUGAUUGUUAAAUUACAUGUAUUCAGUGCGUGUAUUCGUCUUAUAUUGAUGAAUCUCAGUAUCGAUCGUCUCCACACACGAACUAUGCUCGUUAUAAUUGUAGUUUAUUUAUUAUGUAAUUAUGCAGUGGAUCAAUCCGUUUAAUGUUUGUGAUAUGUUGUUUUCGCCAAUCUUACACGCUACGAAACAUCUCAACACAUGUAUAAGUAUUUAUGAAAUGAUUGUUGUAAAUAUAUUAUUACCCUAUAAUUUGUAUAUCCGAGCUCUACUGUUAAUCGAUAUGAGCAAUUUGAUAAAUUCGAAUGUUGACAUUCGGAGCGUUGAGUAAUGCAUAUUCUGUGCAACUUCUUACAUUUUAGUGAAUAAAUAUUUAAAACUUU